AUGCCACCUCAUCAACCUGCUAUUACUCCAGAAAUACAAGAAACCUCAGAACCUGCUACCACUUCUAUUACUUCAGACAUACAACAAACCUCAGAACCUGCUACUACUUCAUUACCUUCUACCUUAAGGAGAGCGCCGGCGGCAUCGAUUCACGCACAACACGGAGCCGUUGCCGGACCGCCGUCGCCGUCGCGUCGCGUAGCCGCCGUGACACAACUCCUCGUCUUCUUCCGCCGCCGUACUGCACAGCCACCGUCCACCUGCUCGCCGCCUCUUAUGUCAGCCAUCUCGACGCCUCAUCUCCGUCAGCAAGCACGUAUCUUCGUCUUCGUCAGUCACCGAAUCGGACGGCUGAAAAGAGGGCGUGCGACGGCGGUGGGAGAAAUUAGUGGCGGAGGCGGGUCUGUGGGCGGACGGAAAAUUGGAGGAGAUGGCGGACGGACAACCAACAGGCUGUUACGGGAUGUGGUCCUGACGGUUCAGCGACGGCGGAGGCGGCAAUUUUUUACGAAGGCGGGGCUGUGGGCGGAGGAGUUGCCGUGGCAGGUUGCAGAUGGGCGGAGAUGUUGGUUUGUGGUGAUCGAGCUCUCGUUGGGGAGCAACAUGAGUCGCGAGACUAGCAGCGGCGUGACCAGAGACGAUCUGCGAGCAACACCGACGCGCUGUGGGAACUCGAUCUAUCGUGCACCGGAAGUGGAGGGUCGAGCUGGCGGAGUUUGUCUAAGGCGGCUUGACGAGAUGAACGACUUCCUGGCUUUCGAGCGGCAGUGAAAGGAAUAUGACCCCUGUCUACCGAAAUCCCGAAAUGAGCUCAGAAAGGAAUAUGACCCCUGUUGGGAUGAGCUCAGGAAGGAAUAUGAGGAAGGAAUACGACCUCUGUCUCCCGAAAUGAACUCAGGAAGAAAUACGAGGAAGGAAUAUAACCCAUGUUGGAAUGAGCUCAGGAAGGAAUAUGACCCCUGUCUCCCGAAAUGA